AGAACUGAAAUGACACAUUUGUCCUUUACUCCAACCACUCUGAAUACAAAGUUUCAGAUCCCCCACGUGAAUAUCGUACGACAAUGUGUCCUCCCACCUUCUUUAUCCGACACGUGUACAUCAGCCGAUACACGCCGUCGCUCCCUAUUCCCUCUCCCCAAAAACCCUAGCAAAACCCUAGCUAAACCCUCCUCCCUCUUCCCCCCCUCCGCCGCCGCCACAAUGCAAACCCUAGCCCCCUUCUCCUCCCACACCUCCGGCGCCGUCGCUCUCCGCCGUGUCCCGCCCCUCCGCGCCGCCGCCGCCGCCGCCGCCGCCGCCGAUGCUCCUACGCCGCCCGCCACCACGCAAGCGAUUCCCCCGGCGCCGCCGCGGAAGAUCAACCUCUACAGCUCCCGCAUCACGGAGCCCAAGUCCCAGGGCGGGUCCCAGGCCAUCCUCUACGGCGUGGGGCUCUCCGAAGCCGACAUGGCGAAGCCCCAGGUGGGGAUCUCCUCCGUGUGGUACGAGGGCAACACGUGCAACAUGCACCUCCUCCGCCUCGCCGAGGCCGUGCGCGAGGGCGUGCGCGACGCGGGGAUGGUGGGGUUUCGAUUCAACACCAUCGGGGUGAGCGACGCGAUCUCCAUGGGCACGAGGGGCAUGUGCUAUAGCCUCCAAUCGAGGGACCUCAUAGCGGAUAGUAUCGAGACCGUAAUGGCCGCGCAGUGGUACGACGCAAACAUUUCCAUCCCCGGAUGUGAUAAAAAUAUGCCAGGUACAAUCAUGGCAAUGGGGCGACUUAAUAGACCAAGUAUCAUGGUUUAUGGUGGAACUAUCAAGCCAGGUCACUUUCAGGGCAAUGCUUAUGAUAUCGUAUCUGCUUUUCAGUGUUACGGCGAGUAUGUCAGUGGCGCAAUCAAUGAUGAUGAAAGAAUGAAUGUGGUGCGCAAUUCAUGCCCUGGAGCAGGAGCUUGUGGUGGCAUGUACACAGCAAACACCAUGGCAUCUGCUAUUGAGACUAUGGGCAUGACACUUCCUUACAGCUCUUCUAUACCAGCUGAAGAUCCACUAAAGUUAGAGGAGUGCCGUAUGGCCGGGAAGUGCAUCUUGGAACUGUUAAAAAUGGAUCUGAAGCCUCAAGACAUUAUUACGGAGAAAUCGCUACGCAAUGCAAUGGUCGUUGUAAUGGCCCUAGGUGGGUCUACUAAUGCUGUUCUGCAUUUGAUUGCUAUAGCUAGGUCUGUCGGCCUCCAGCUGACCCUUGAUGAUUUUCAGAAGGUUAGCGAUAAGGUUCCUUUCCUUGCGGAUCUGAAGCCUAGUGGGAAAUAUGUUAUGGAAGAUUUACACAAGGUUGGGGGAACUCCUGCAGUUAUUCGAUACCUUCUUGAAGAAGGCUUUCUGGAUGGCGAUUGUAUGACUGUCACCGGGAAAACUCUUGAAGAAAAUGCGAAACUCUUCCCUCCUUUAGCUGAGGGACAGCAAAUAAUACGACCGUUGAAUAAUCCUAUCAAAUCAACGGGACAUAUACAGAUACUCUAUGGGAAUCUUGCUCCUGAGGGUUCUGUGGCGAAAAUCACUGGCAAAGAGGGUUUAUUUUUCUCUGGUCCAGCACUUGUUUUCGAGGGUGAGGAAUCAAUGAUUGAAGCACUUUCAGAAGAUCCUGAGAGAUUUAGGGGGAAGGUGGUUGUUAUUAGAGGAGAGGGACCAAAGGGUGGCCCUGGAAUGCCUGAGAUGCUGACACCUACGAGUGCAAUAAUGGGUGCUGGACUCGGGAAGGAGUGCGCCCUGCUCACUGAUGGUAGGUUCUCCGGAGGAUCGCAUGGAUAUGUUGUAGGCCAUAUAUGCCCCGAAGCGCAGGAAGGUGGCCCGAUUGGUCUUAUUGAAGAUGGCGACAUAAUCACCGUCGACAUCCUAAAGAAAAGAAUGGAUGUCGAUCUGACAGAACAGCAGUUGGAAGAGAGGAGGAAGAAAUGGACUCCGCCGCCUUACAAGGCCACAAAAGGAGUCCUCUAUAAGUACAUCAAGAAUGUGCAGUCUGCGUCAAGAGGAUGUGUAACAGACGAAUAAGGAGAGAUAUCACAUCAGUUUAUGAUGAUAAUAAGGUCGCUCUUUUCGGCAUUUCUAUUUAUCCUCGACCGAAGAGGAGAAUUCCUAGGAGCAAAAAAAUUUUCUUCCUGAAGAGUGUCUUAAGACUGUAGAGCUCAUUGAACUGCUAGGGAUUUUGCAGGAUUGUUGCUUUGUAAAAGAUUCAGGAACUGCACUGUUAACUUAUUUAUGGAUUUAUUUAGUGUGAAAAUUUUGAACAGCAUAAAUGUUUGAUUCAAUUUAA